AUGAAGAGGGAUGAUGUUGAAGCUAAAUCAGCUUGGUCUUUAUCCGAAUUUGAACUUCUCUCCCCAAUCAACGGAAUCUCCAAGUUCCCGACUUCUUCCUGGUCCGAUUUCAUCACAUUCAAAAACAGCAAUGGCGAAUCAACCUCGCUUAUCUGGCCCCAUGCCGUUGCGAAAAACUACUCCGAAAUCGCCAUUUCUAAUCUCUUCCGAUACGCGCUGAAGCUAGACCCAAAUAUUUUGAAGUCCCCAGCUUGGCAAGGAAAGGGAUUCUUUAUGCGUUAUCAGCAACUUGAAUUUACGCAAGAGUUUUACGAUGCGCUCAGCUGCCCUAGAAUUUUUCAAUCACCAGAUGCACCAACUUCAAAUCUUCAUGUCCAUACGAAUAUUAUUCAAGUCGGAAAAUCUUCUGCUGUUGCGGAGCAGCUGCUUGUCGUCGACGGGAAGCGAGUUGGAAAGAACUUGCAGCAGAUAACCUGUAUAGAACGUGGGAAGCCUGGGGCUGCUCCGUUGCCCGACGAGUUUUUGGAACUAGAAUAUAUCAAGCCUUUACGAAAAGCUCCCAGACCGAAUUUUCCAAGGACGUUUUUACCAGAUCCGAAGUUAGAAGAAAUCGGAUCGUUGAAAAUGGGUUGCUUUCAAAGUGACACUGAUGAGAACUGCCACAUGAAUGAAAGUGUCUAUUUGAGGAUUUCUUUGGAUGCGAUUUUUCAUUGUGAAAAAUUGACGAAAAAGGAUCUUCAAGUUGAAAAAGUUCAAGCUCUUUAUCACAAAGAAAUUCUAGCUGGUAAGAGUGUUGACGUAAAAGUAUACCGCGGACCCGAUGGGACUUAUGUUACAAGCUUUACUGUUGAUGGCAACUUCUCCUUCCAGAGCAAGAUCAAAACGCGAAGAAUUUAA